GCUACUGUACGAAUACGAGUGCUGUAGUGGUACCACGAUAGCGGGCACAGUACGGAGUACUCUCGUACCCAUCCCUCUCACACUCCGCAGCCAGUUCCUUUGCGCAGGUUACAUUUGCACCAGUCCGAGUUCGAAAAGGCACCUUCCUCAUUCUCUCAUUGCACUGGGUCUGCUGCGUCUCAGGCAGCAACUGGCCGUGCGGCAUUACGAGAUCGAGGUUACCUGCGGGACAACUGCAGAGGUAUUUGAAUGCUGGAGCUUAGACUCACGGCGUUCCUAUUGUUCUCUUCUACCACAAAGGCUGGCCCUAUUUUCAACCGCACUCAGUCCUUCCGCUCGUUUUCGAUCCUCUCACGAGUGUCGAACAAUACUCGUCCACUACGAUCUCCCCAGCAAACACUAUUGCAGGUACGCUUUUGCUCGGCUGAAGCUCGAGGAGUCAUGGCACCACCUACAGACCGAGAUAUCUUACCUGAUACUAUCAAACCUGUGAACUAUGACCUGUCUCUUUCCAACCUCGAAUUCGGCGGGAGCUGGUCCUACGACGGUCUCGUGAAAAUCACUUCCAAGGUCAAACAGGCUACAAAAGAGGUUGUUGUCAAUGUCAAAGAGCUGGAAAUAAAGGGUGCCGAAGUACUAGGUCAAGAUGGCAAAGCAAUUGUGUCGUCAAUGGCAGAUGUGUCGUAUGACAAGACUAACGAGAGAGCCAUCAUCAAGCUCUCCGGGGAUAUCCCUUCUGGAGAUGCUGUCAUCGCUAUCAAGUAUCGAGGGACCAUGAAUAGCAAGAUGGCAGGUUUCUAUCGUUCGAAGUACAAGCCUGUGACGACCCCCAGCUCAAGCACACCCACGGACGGCGAGUUUCACUAUAUGUUUAGCACGCAGUUUGAAGCCUGUGAUGCGCGACAGGCAUUCCCAUGUUUCGAUGAACCAAAUCUGAAGGCGUCAUUCGAGUUCGAGAUUGAGAUUCCCGAAGAACUUACCGCUAUCAGCAAUAUGCCUGAAAAGGCUGUGACGAAAGGCAGCAAAGAUGGGCUCAAGAAAGUCUCGUUUGAAAAGACGCCCGCCAUGAGCACGUAUCUUGCUGCUUGGGCCUUCGGUGAUUUCGAAUACGUAGAGGAUUUCACUGCACGCAAAUACAACGGCAAGAAUAUUCCUGUCCGAGUUUACACAACUCGUGGUUUGAAGGAGCAAGGCCGUUUUGCGCUAGAGCAUGCUCACAAGACCUUGGAUUACUUCUCGGACGUUUUCGGCAUCGAAUAUCCCCUUCCUAAAUCUGAUCUCCUGGCUGUACAUGAAUUCGCUAUGGGAGCCAUGGAGAAUUGGGGUUUGGUGACGUAUCGAACUACUGCAGUUCUUUUCGAUGAGGAGAAAUCGGACGCUCGAUUCAAAAACCGAGUUGCAUACGUGGUUGCUCACGAACUGGCCCACCAGUGGUUUGGUAACCUCGUAACAAUGGACUGGUGGAAUGAGCUGUGGCUCAAUGAAGGCUUUGCCACCUGGGUGGGCUGGCUCGCGGUUGAUCAUCUACACCCGGAGUGGGACGUUUGGAGUCAGUUUGUGGCUGAAGCUGUACAAACAGCUCUAGAACUCGACUCUUUGCGCGCAUCCCACCCGAUCGAAGUCCCCGUUCGUAACGCGCUCGAAGUUGAUCAGAUUUUUGAUCAUAUCUCUUAUCUCAAAGGAAGCUCUGUGAUCAGGAUGUUGAGCAAUCACCUAGGACAGGAUGUAUUUCUCAAGGGGGUCGGUGAUUAUCUUAAGAUUCAUGCCUACGGUAAUGCCAGAACCAACGAUCUCUGGGCAGCGCUCAGCGCGGCUUCGGGACAAGACAUCCAAGCAUUCAUGGACCCUUGGAUCCGCAAGAUCGGCUUCCCCGUGGUCACUAUUGCUGAAGAGCCUGGCCAGAUUGGCAUCCGCCAGUCAAGAUUUCUGUCCACAGGCGAUGCCAAAACGGAAGAGGAUGAUACUACAUGGUGGGUUCCGGUCGGCCUCAAAACAGGAACGCCGGCCAAGGUUGUGCACAGUGCCUUGACCCAGAAAGAAGACACUGUUCGUGGCGUUGACGAUGCCUUCUACAAAAUCAACGCCGACCAAAGCGGUUUCUAUCGAACUAACUAUCCACCGCAACGCCUGGUGAAGCUCGGCCAGUCUCAGGACCGCUUAUCUGUCGAAGACAAGAUCGGUCUUAUGGGAGAUGCCACAGCUCUUGCCAUUGCCGGAACAGGCACGACAUCGGCUCUGCUCUCGUUAUUGGAAGGGUUCAAGCACGAGAAGAGCUUCACCGUAUGGCAGCAAAUUGCAAGCUCCCUCUCCAAAGUCCGAUCUGUGUUCGCCACCGACAAGGAGAUUUCAGCUGCGCUGAAAAAGUUCUCCCUAACAUUGGUUUCCCCAGCUGCAGAAGCUAUUGGGUGGACAUAUCCCGAUGAUGAGGAUUGGUUGACCGGCCAAUCUCGGAAACUUCUGCUCGGCAUGGCUGCUGGUGCCGGACACCAAGGAAUCAUUGCGGAAGGCAAGAAGAAAUUCGCAGCUUGGAAGGCUGGGGAUGAGAAGGCAGUUCACCAGAACUUACGCAGCGUUGUUUUCAAUCUUGCUGUUGCAAAUGGCGGUCAAGAAGAGUACGAUGCUUUGAAGGCUGAAUUUAAGAAGACGACAAGCGUGGAUGGCAGAGAAAUCUGCAUCCAAGCACUCGGCCGAUCGAAGAACCCAGAUCUUGCUUGGGACUUACUCGAGUUCGCCAUAUCUGACAAUGUUCCACCUCAAGAUGCGCAUGGAGGCAUUUCCGCCGUUUCUAACAACAAUGAGACGCGAACAGUGGCCUGGGAGUUCACCAAGAAGAGCUGGGAGCGGGUGCAGAAGAAACUGGGAACGACGGGAAUAGUGAUUGAUCGGUGGAUCAAGACAGGAUUGCCAAAAUUCUCAGAUACAGCCAUUCGGGACGACAUUGCCAAGUUCUUCGCGGACAAAGAGACUGGAUCAUUCAAUCGCAGUCUUGUAAUUGUUUCUGACUCCAUUACCAGCAACGCGAACUAUAAGAAGCGGGAUGAGGCACAGUUGCUUGAAUGGCUGAAAGCUCACGGCUAUGCAUGAGAAGAGGCAUUGGAACGGGCAUGCACAGGUGACAGGGGAUCAGCAGCAGAUAGAUAUCACGACUUCCAUCAUAAGUAAUCAGCUGGCCGUUUGUCAAGUACUCGUAGCCUGCUGUAGUGUGGUGUGGCUUGCAGGUGCAGCCUGAUUGAU